UCUCAUUUCCUCUAAUAUAAAAUUAGGAUUAACCACCUUUUAAACAUUUGUCCAUCAAGAGAAUCCUGUUCAGUCAAAGCUGCUGCAAAAUGUCAUUCACUGAAGUGCUGGCCAUCUUUGGGGGAUUUACUGUUGUUUUCCACCUGCUGAAACUGGCCUGGAAAUGUUGGUGUGGAUUCAGACAAUUUGUUUGGUCGGAGCUUUGGCAUGUUGAUUUAAGAACAUAUGGACAAUGGGCAGUUGUUACUGGUGCCACAUCUGGCAUUGGUAAAGCUUAUGCCAGUGAGCUGGCACGAAGAGGCCUGGAUGUUGUUUUGGUAAGCAGAUCUGAUGAUAAGCUUCAAAUAAUUGCCAAAGAGAUAGAAGAUCAAUAUGGACGAAAGACUCGCACCAUCCAAGUGGACUUCACAGAUGGUCAAAGUAUCUACCCGGCUAUAGCUGAAGAACUACAGGGACUGGAGAUUGGGAUUCUGGUUAACAAUGUAGGAAUGGCCUAUUCUGAUCAUUUUGCCUAUUUCCUGGAAAUACCAGAUGCUGAACAGAAAAUCACUCAGGUUGUCAACUGUAACAUGCUGUCAGUCCCUCAGAUGACCAGACUGGUUCUCCCAGGCAUGGUUGAAAGAGGGACAGGGCUGAUCAUCAAUAUCUCCUCUGAAGCCGGCGUCCGUCCACAGCCUUUGUUGUCUCUUUAUUCCGCCACUAAGAUUUUUGUAACAUAUUUCUCUCAGUGUCUGCAUGCUGAGUACAAGUCAAAGGGAAUAAUUGUUCAGUGUGUGGCCCCCUUCAUGGUGUCCACCAACAUGACGAAAAACGUGAGUGUCAACUGUUUUGUGAAGAGUUCUUCCACGUUCGCGAGUGAGGCCUUGAACACUGUGGGUCACUCCAGCUACACCAGCGGCUGUCUGUCUCAUGCACUCCAGGCCACGGCUCUUGCAAUACUCCUGCCGGACUGGUUUCGUAUGUCACCAUUCUUUAUAAGAAAGCUACGAAAUGUCGCAGAAGACAGCAAAUAUGAUAUAAGAGUGUGCAAUGAAAAGAAGCUUGGUGAAAAGGAAGAGUAGUCUUGCCUGCAUCUGCAUGCUGAAGUUCUUAUGGGCAUGAAUGUUGACUUUACACGUGAAUAUGGGCUUUAUAAUAGAUUAUCUUCACUGUAGGUCCACUUCUCAGAUACCUCAAAUGUGUGUAUUGAGGUUACUAUAAAUGACCUACACUAUACACUAUAUAUGUAAUUAUGAUAUAUUCUGUACAUUUAUUUAUUCUCAAUUAUUGCAUGACAUUUUGAUUUUAUCUAUGGAGCGAAUCUGCAAGGUAGCAUAACAGUUUCUAGCUCUAUUGUUUCUAUUAGUAUUCAUACUAUUAAACUUGACAGACGUACAGACACAAUCUGUAUUGCUUUGCAUUUAAGAAAUCUUUUAAAUACAUGUUUUUUUGUUAAGAUCUUACAAUGUUAGUUACAAAGAUACAGAUACACAGUACAUUUGGCAUAUAUUUACACCUAUGACAAUAUGUACAAGUAACGACCAUUAGUAUACAAGAGUCAGCCCUUUCAGGCUUUCUCACUGACCGAGAACUACAACU